AUGUUCAAUACAAGGACUGGAAGACUUUCUUUUGCUUUCUGGGGAGAAUCCUCUAGCGUGUACGCCGCCGUUGCCGGACGACAAGUUGCAGGGAGCAGUUUCCCGCCGAGCGGCACCUCUCAGAGGCAGAAGUCCGGAGCCCGGCGGGGUUCUGGGAGUGAGGCCGACCGCCGGCACAGAGCGCGGAUCACCCGUGGCCUGAAGGAUGGCGGGAUCACUCUACGGGAGAGGCCACCGACGGAGAACGGUCGCUACGUGGAGGCCAUGACGCAAGUGGUGGCCCUGCACUCGGCCGUUCUGGGGGAAGACUUCCUUCCCUUUUCGUCUGGCGGCGAGCCGAUGGAAGGCGGGCCCCACUCCCCCCUUGGGAGGGACAAGAUGCUUCGGGUGUCCACGGUGCUGAGGAUGGCGAGGGACACGCGGGAGAGCAGCAACGACGAAACGGCGGACAGCAGAUUUAGCAGAAUGGCAGACAACGGGUUUAAGUUGUGCGGUAUUUACGUGACAGGAGUCUACCUGGCGUCGCGGCUCUGCCUGCGCAUGGGGAAGUCGGAGGUGCAGGGACACGGUGUUUUCGCCGAUGAGGCGAUCCCGGCCGACACUUUGAUCUCAGACUUCUACGGAGAAGGCAUCGACUCUGCCGAGGCCCAGCAGCGGGCAGAUCAUUACAGGGACGUGGGGUUUUAUAGAAGCAUCGUUAAAGUUGGGGGGGACCCUGGGGAGGACCCCUUGUACGUGGACGUAAUGAGGCACGGGUACCCCGCUCGUUUUUUUAACCAUUCGUGCGAGCCUAACGCCUACCUUCAAACGAUGGUAUGCCAGAAGGGGGAUCUCAUGUACAAGAUCGUGUGGUUCUGCACUUCGCGUGACACCGCGGAGGGCGAGGAGGUUUGUUUCUCCUACCCCGCCCUCCACAGCCAGAGCUCCGACAAAGAAGAGCCGGAUUGCAAUUGCCGCUCGCCAUCGUGCCGCGGGAAGAUGUUUCAACGUUAA